AUGGCUCAAGAUCCCAGUGAUGGAAUUGAUCAGGAGCUGCUCAGUCAUGCUCACUUGAUCUCCGCCAACCACUAUGCCGACCAGGCGCGCGUCGAUUUGAAUCAAGUUACGAAGUGGUUGAUGGCAGCCCCUCAAGUCGCGAAAGACAAGGCCCCGUUCUUUUGGACCUACCUCGAUCGACCCCGCGAUGGACAAAUCUACCUCACAUGGCAGCCUCUGAAGAGGCUUGGAACCAACUUCGCUAGCGAUGGCAUGAUAUGGGGCCCCGAACAAUACCACAGACAGGAUGUUGGCAACGGACUGUCUCUCGAAAUUCACUACGUUAAAUCUGGAUUCAUUCCCGGCGAACAGGUGGCUAUGCACGCCCGUCGCAGGUUCCGCCUUGUGCCUUCGCAGACUGGGGUGAUGAAUGCGCCGCAGCCCGAUAUCAGCCUCUGGAUUGUUCACUACGGUCCUUCCGACCCGCCUGACCGCGUUCCUGUCAACCUGAUUCCCGUUUCUCAAGAGACUCAGCACAUUAUGGCAACCCGUAACCACCUUCAGAAGUGUGGCCAGAUUGCACGCAAAGAUUUCAUGCUGUCGGAUCGUGCCAGCUGGCCAACAAUACAGUUUCCCCGCAAUGGUGGGCGACCUCAAAUGUAUAACCCUCCGGCUCAGUCCCGGCGUGUUCCCCAACAAAUGGCCUACCCUCCUUCGGGUCCUCAAGGCCGCCGUGGCCGCCAGUCCCAGGCACAGGCCCAAGCUCAGGCUCAGGCGCAAGCGCAGCAGCAAGCCCUGGCUCAUGCUGAGGCUCUUCACGACGAUGAGGAGUUGGAGAAGGACCUGUUUGACCAUCUCACCCCAAGAGACAUUUCCUUUGCGCGCUACCAGCAGAACCACGAGUGGAUGGAGGAGAUUGUAUCUUCUCCCUACGGACUAGCCCAAAUUGCCCCCCCGGAUCUUGGACUUGGACUUAAGGGGGAGCUGGCGUCUCUGACUGACGGUAUCUUUACCGGGCAAGGGGCUAAUGCUCUCACCGAAAUCCCUCAGAAGCCGUAUAUUGGUCGGCUAGAACCUGGCCUUGCUGACGAGUUCAGGAAGAGGGUCGAAGAGCACCUCGAAACGACAAAGGCGGAAAUGGAGAAGAUGAAGGCGGAGCAUGCGAAGAACUUGGCUAGCCUUAAAGCUAGCUCUGUAUUUGUAGAUGCAGAGAAAGAGGUCAAGAACUCUGUCCAGGGACGAGGCCCGGAGAUUUGGCGUCUCGAGGGCCACUCGACAGAUGCGGACGAUAACACCAGCUCAUGGUCGCAAAAGCACAACAAGAAGGUAGAUGAGAUUGUCGCCCAGGUUGAAGCCAACCUCGGCCGGCAAAUCGAGGUCCUUCACAAUGUGCACCGUAUUCAAGAUGGCGGUUUCCAGGAGCCUGCGCCAGAGCCUGUCAAAGAACCCACACCCGUCCCGCCACCUGCAGCAUCCCCGCCAGCCACAGCAGCUGGUGCCGACCCUAGCGACCCUGCAUCACGACGACCUUCCCAGGCUGAUUCCCAGCACAGUGGGGUGAUGGUUGGCGACUCAGAUAUUGAUAUGGGUGGCACUGCGGCAGGUCUCCUAGACCAGAUGCACACGGGCUUCUCGGCCACUUCUACUCCCGUCAACAACUUCCCUACUCCGCAGGCUCACCUUUCUGCACUUAACUCAACAGCCGGUACGCCUGCCAAUGCGAACGCGCCGUCUCCAGCACCAGCUCCUCCUACUAUCCCUGAGGAGCCCGAGGUCAAGGCUGCUCCCAGCAGUGGUGAGGACAUUACGAUGGGCAACACUGAGGCCCCCAAGGAUUCAUCCUCCACCGCGCCCGAUCAGGGGACUGGAAGCGGAGACUGGGUGGUCGUACCUAAAGGGGGCGAGUCUCCCGAUGCCGCGGCGGCCGCUGCCAACACUGCAGUUGAGAGCGAGGCAGCGAAGGCAACUCCCAAGGCGCCCUCUGCUGCUGGAACACCUGCAGUAGAAACCCCUGGUGGCUUCAGCUCUCUAGGCGAUCUCGAUUCUGCCGGUGAUGCGAUGGCCAGUUACGGAGGAUCCCUGGGCGACGGCCUGGAUAUGAACGUGGAUAUGGAAGACUCUGCUUUUGGUGACGCGUUCCACGGCAUCUCGAACACCAACACGCCAGGAAACCAAUCAGAGGGUGCUUAG